AUGUACAGCUUAGAGAAAAUCUGGCACGCCAAUCUACCCAGAUCGUGGGCCUUGGGGAUCUUGUUGUACAUAUUAUCCAUGAUUACCGCUAUCUAUUACGUCUUUCCUCUUUUGAGCUUAAGACUCCGAAAAAACAAGAACGAGGUGACCAUUUUGGUGCUUGGUGACUUGGGCCAUUCUCCAAGAAUGUGCUAUCAUGCACUUUCCUUGGCUAGAGCUGAUAUGCUGGUUAAUCUCUGUGGAUACAUGGAUAUGGAUCUUCCUGAGAGUAUUCAGGAGGAGGUAAUGAUCGAUGUGUAUCCGAUUAAAGUGAUAAAGAACACGCGAAAGUUGCCAUUCAUUGCUUUUGCAGCUUACAAGGUGGCCAUGCAACUCUACCAAUUAUUUGCGCUCUUGUUACAGGUUCAGGGAAGCAAAUACUACAUGCUUCAGAACCCACCCUCGAUGCCACUUCUAUUGGUUCUUGUGGUGUUCAUACGUAUUUUUAGUCCGCGUUCAAAGCUCAUCAUUGACUGGCACAAUUUGAACUAUACAAUUUUGAACUUAAAGUUCAACAAUCUCAAACACCCGCUCGUACGGGUUCUUAGAGCAUACGAGAGGAUUUUAGCCCAAUUUGCUGCAAUCAACAUCACAGUGACUCAUCAAAUGAAGGAGUUUUUAAUAAAAGAGUUUCUGCUAAGAGAAGAUUCGAUCAUUCCUUUUCAUGACCGGCCAGGGCCACAAUUCCGCCCUCUACGCGAUUCAACCAUCACCAAAUCAGAAAUCCUCGCCACUCGUGAUCUAUUCUCUGAGAUCGACAACAUCGCUGACUACAAGAUUCUUGUCAGCGCUACCUCAUUCACACCCGAUGAAGACUUUAGCAUUCUUCUCAAUGCACUCAAGCUCUAUGACGACAACAAAAACGAAAAGACACCUAUCUUCGCAAUCAUCACCGGUAAGGGCCCCAUGCAAAAGCAGUUCUUGGAGAGCGUGUCGAGUCUCAACUUUACAAAAAAGGUCAUCAUUCGCAACGCGUGGCUAUCAGCAGAAGACUAUCCACUUGUUUUAGCUUGCGCUGAUGUGGCAGUCUCGCUUCACACCUCACUGAGUGGAAUUGACCUUCCUAUGAAAAUCGUCGACUUCUUCGGCGUUGGUGUGCCCGUACUUACGUUAAGAUUUCCAGCUAUUGGGGAGUUGGUUCAAGAUGGUAAGAACGGAUUAAUUCUUCCAGGUAUCAAGCUGGAAGAUCAGGAAAUGUACGACGGCUUGACCAGAGUUCUCAAUGACUCUGAAAUUCUCAAUAAAUUGAAAGACGGUGCUUUGGCAGAGUCUGAAAAGAGAUGGGACGAGAAUUGGGACCGCAUAUUACACCCAGCUCUCUGCAACUAA